AUGACUUUGGUGUUCCCACCAAUCCCCGAGGAAGCUGUGCCACUGGAGCAGCUGCAGCAUGUCCUGGGUCCAUACUUGGAGGAGCUAUUUGAUGACCUCCUUGGAAGAACAGCCUGCUGCAAAACUGGCAGCAGAAACAGAAAAGGCAGAAAUAGCCCCAAAGGCUGCCUUUUCCCCGCGGAACGGACUGUAUCCGACCAGCUGGGAAACAAAGGGCCGCGCUUCACCAGUCCCCAGCGACCCGCCUGGCGGAGUACGGCCGUGGGCCGGCACCGGCUGGGGGAGCGUGGGGCUGGCCCGGGCAGCGCAGCGCUAGGAAGCCGGGACCGGCCGCGCUCCCUGGCCAGGCUGGCACGUGCUGUCUCUGGCGGGGUCGCUGGGCUCGCCAGGGCGGCAGGCUGGGAGCGUGGCCGGGUGUCAGACAGCGCAGCCCGCCUCGUCCCUCAGGAGGCCACAGCUGGGUGGCUGCUGCGGCCCUUCGUCGAGCCUAGUCAGGGCCGGGCCCGCGCAGUCCCUCAGGCCGCUCACAUGUCCCGCCCCCGCGCAUGCGUCCUGCUGCUCUCUGUCAUGGCAGCGCUACGGCUUUUGCCCCGGCUCCUGCCGGUCUCGCGGACUCGGCUGGUCCGGUCCCAUUCGGCCGGUGCCCCCGUCUCCGUUCCCGCGCGCAUAGCUGAGAAGCGUCGCGCCGCGCUGCUGGGGGGCGGCCAGGCCCGCAUCGAUUCGCAGCAUAAACGGGGAAAGCUGACAGCAAGGGAGCGAAUUCUUCUGUUGCUGGACCCUGACAGUUUUGUUGAGUAUGACAUGUUCGUGGAACACAGAUGUGCAGACUUUGGGAUGGAGUCUGAUCAGAAUAAGUAUCCUGGAGACAGUGUGGUAACUGGCCAGGGCCGGAUUAAUGGGAGACUGGCUUAUGUCUUCAGUCAGGAUUUUACUGUAUUUGGAGGGAGUUUGUCCGGUGCUCACGCCCAAAAGAUUUGUAAGAUCAUGGAUCAGGCUGUCAUGGUUGGGGCUCCUGUAAUUGGGUUGAAUGACUCUGGAGGAGCCCGUAUCCAGGAAGGAGUAGAGUCUUUGGCUGGCUAUGCUGAUAUCUUCUUGAGAAAUGUUCUGUGCUCAGGAGUAGUCCCACAGAUCUCCCUCAUCAUGGGUCCCUGUGCUGGUGGAGCAGUCUAUUCGCCUGCUUUAACAGAUUUCACAUUCAUGGUGAAGGACACAUCCUAUCUUUUCAUCACUGGCCCUGAUGUAGUCAAGUCGGUUACCAAUGAAGAUGUUACCCAGGAACAGCUUGGGGGAGCAAAGACACACACUGCAGUAUCAGGGGUCGCACACAGAGCCUUUGAGAAUGAUAUAGAUGCUUUGCUCAAUCUCAGGGAGUUCUUUAAUUACCUACCUCUCAGUAAUCGUGAUCCAGCCCCUGUUCGCAAAUGCCAUGAUCCUAGUAAUCGCUUGGUUCCUGAGCUGGACACAGUUGUCCCAAUGGAGUCUACUAAAGCCUAUGAUAUGGUCGACAUUGUACAUUCGAUUGUUGAUGAAAGGGAAUUCUUUGAAAUCAUGCCCUCCUAUGCUAGGAACAUGAUUGUUGGAUUUGCAAGGAUGAAUGGAAGAACUGUUGGAAUACUGGGUAAUCAACCCAAAGUGGCAUCAGGGUGUUUAGACAUAAAUUCUUCUGUGAAGGGAGCUCGUUUUGUUCGAUUCUGUGAUGCUUUCAACAUUCCUCUGAUCACUUUUGUGGAUGUUCCUGGAUUUCUGCCAGGCACAGCUCAGGAAUAUGGAGGAAUCAUACGUCAUGGUGCAAAACUACUGUUUGCCUUUGCGGAAGCAACUGUGCCCAAAAUUACUAUCAUCACCAGAAAGGCUUAUGGGGGUGCAUAUGAUGUGAUGAGUUCAAAACAUUUACGAGGAGAUGUUAAUUACGCAUGGCCUACAGCAGAGGUUGCAGUAAUGGGUGCAAAGGGUGCUGUCCAGAUCAUUUUCAGAGGAAAAGAAACAGAUGCAGAGGCAGAAUAUGUGAAUAAGUUUGCAAAUCCUUUCCCUGCGGCUGUCAGAGGGUUUGUUGAUGAUAUCAUUGAACCUUCUACCACUCGAAUCCGCAUUUGCCGUGAUCUGGAAGUGCUGGCUAGCAAAAUGCAAUCUAAUCCCUGGAAGAAGCAUGCGAACAUUCCACUGUGAAUAUGAAGAAGAAUUGGCUACAAAAUGAAGCCACUUUUGUGACACAGGGAAGUGUUCUGAAUACAUAUAUUCCGUAGCUAAAGUGGAGAACCUGAACUUAGCACUAUGAACAUUUCUUUUAAUUUUAAUUUGCUUAAGUAUUAUAUAGCAAUAAAUUUUGAGAGAAUGGUUUUAUCUGGUAUUACAUGAUUACUUUUAAUUAACAGAUUCUUUAUUCAGCCAAAGUCCUGAAAUUGCUUCCUCCUUAGAAGUCAUGAGUCCAAAUGGAUUUCAAGACCUCAUGGUCUGAUCAUCUGCGAUGGAGACAGGGAAGGAAUGUCCCUUGAGUCCAUUGGCUUUCUAUCGUAGUUUGGCACAGACACAAAGGGCUCCAAUAGAGAAUCAUGCCUUUGGAUCCAGUCAGACUUUGAUAUAGUUGAGAUUUGGGCAGGACAACGGUCUGGGAAUGGUGCAUCAUCUCUGGAUCCUGGCCUAUUGGUUCUGUCCCUGCCUUACAGAACCCAUCAUAUUUGUUAGGCAAAACUCCCAGUAUGCUCCCUCUGAUGGUGCUGAUGGUGGGCUUCGUGAAGCAUUGGGAACCAUCCUGAAUGCAGUCUUGAGGAAUUUGCUCUUAGGCUCCAUAGCUUCACUUCCUCUGAUGUUCUCUCCAGAGCAGCUGGUUUUAUCCAGCCAUUGAAGCAACACACUUUGGGUGAUAUUGCAUUCUCAUAUGUGGGUGUAAUAACACUUGGUGGGUAGAAACUUAAUUGUUUGUCUAAUUAAAGUUGGAUUUAAUGAAAAGUGUAAAAUGUGCUAAAGUAUCCUGACAUUGCUCAAUCCACGGUUACUUUUAUCACAACUUUCUAUUGCUCUUUGUGGCAAGAGCCUGACAGAAUGUAAAUUAAUAUACAACAGUGGAAAUUAGUGAUGGCUAAUUGAAAAUAAACAAGGUAUGAAAAUUACUGCACUUCAACAUGCAGAUUUGUGCAUUUGGGGAAUUUAAAUAGCACACUUACUAGUGUGUUCAGUGCUUUGUGUGUAUGGGACUGGUGCCUUGUUCCUGUGGGUGUGAUGGUGCAGCUUGUCAGGAAUCAGGACCUACAGCAGAUCCAGUCUCUAGACAACCUAACAAGCGCUGCCAGCCUGUAGUAGGCUGCCUGAUUGGCUUCACUGCCUGAGUGUGAGAAGAACCAGCAGACAGGCUCUUAAAUACAGCGGCUGCUCAAAGCAUUCGCCCACAGCUGUGGUAGCUCCUGCACCUGCUUGUUCCCAGUCUUGCUCCCACCUGAUUCCAGCCUGAUCCGGUCUUUCCCCAGUCUUGCUUUGCUUCAAGUAACAGGCUUUUGACACUCAGCUCCAAUUCCUGUCUUUUUUUACUCUGGCAUUUGGCUUUUGACUCUUGUUCUGACCCUUAGCUCCAAUUCCUAGCCUCCGACUCCAGCUCUGACCCUGAGCUCCAAUUCCUGACUACAUACUUCUGUUCCAACCAGUAGACACAACCACCAUGUCCUGGUCUGUAACACAGAUAUAGGUGCCACGUGUGAAGAUGUUGGCAUUGUUUCAGUUGUGUGAUUUUUCACUUUUUCAUUUUCAUGUAUAAGGUUUAUUUGUUGUAUGUAUGACACUGAGAAAAUGAAAUUAAAAUCCACAAAGAAAGGGA